AUGGGAGCAUUGCCGUGGCUGCUCCUCCUCUUGCUGUCCCAGGAAGCUGAAGGGUACUCUGGAGAUGGUGUGGAUCCUGAGGAAGUGGUUGGGAUCCUUCAUGAGUCCAUCAGCCUCCCCCUGGAAAUGCCAUUUAAUGAGGAGGUUGAGAACAUCAUCUGGUCCUCCCACAUAAGUCUUGCCAUUGUGGUGCCAGAGAAAGAGGGACGUCCGGCUACCAUCACGGUGACUGACUCUCGCUAUGAGGGCCGAGUAAACUUCCUGGAGCCCACCUACUCCCUCCACAUCCAAAAUCUGAGCUGGGAGGACUCAGGAUCUUACCAAGCUCAAGUCAACCUGAGGACGUCCCAGGUCUCCACCAUGCAGCAGUACAAUCUACGCAUCUAUCGACGUCUGUCACAGCCUCACAUGACAGUGAACUUUGAGAUCCCUGGGGAAGAAGGCACCUGUAAUAUGUCCCUGAUAUGCUCUGUGGAGAAUGCGGGCUUGGACGUGACCUACACCUGGAUAUCCUGGGAAGACAGCGCUGAUACAGCCCAUGAAGGCUCCAUCCUCAGAAUGUUCUGGAGGCCUGGGGACAAGGUUGCCUCUUACACCUGCAGGGCCAGCAACCCUGUCAGCAACAUCACUUCCCGUCCCAUCCAAGCUGGGUCCUUCUGUGCAGAUCCUGGCGACACUUUGGAGAAGGCCUCCACUUCCUUCUGUCUUCUGGCCAAGGGACUGCUCAUCCCCUUGCUUUUUGGAACACUGGCCGUGGGCUUCUGGUUCAUCCGAGUCCAUACAAGAGGCAAAGUGCCGAGAAUGAAGAAACUCAAGAGAAACAGAAUGAGAUUGAGAAAGAAGGGGCAGCCUGGCCCCAGCCUGAACUGA